GAGGGGGCCGGGCUUGCGAUUUUUCUGACUGGGUUUCAUCGCGAGCGAGGCGACUCCUGGGACCAUGGCGUCCAACUCCACCAAGUCUUUCCUGGCAGACGCCGGCUACGGCGAGCAGGAGCUGGAUGCCAACUCUGCCCUGAUGGAGCUUGACAAAGGUCUACGGUCAGGCAGACUGGGUGAGCAGUGUGAGGCUGUGGUGCGCUUCCCCCGGCUCUUCCAGAAGUUCCCCUUUCCCAUCCUCAUCAACUCCGCCUUCCUGAAGCUGGCCGAUGUAUUCCGAGUUGGAAACAACUUCCUGAGGCUUUGUGUCCUCAAGGUCACCCAGCAGAGUGAGAAGCACCUGGAGAAGAUCCUCAACGUGGAUGAGUUUGUGAAGAGGAUCUUCUCUGUCAUCCAUAGCAAUGACCCGGUCGCACGGGCCAUCACACUUCGGAUGCUGGGCAGCCUGGCAUCCAUCAUCCCUGAGAGGAAGAAUGCACACCACAGCAUCCGCCAGAGCCUGGAUUCCCAUGACAAUGUAGAGGUGGAGGCCGCAGUCUUUGCUGCCGCCAACUUCUCAGCCCAGUCCAAGGAUUUUGCUGUGGGGAUCUGUAACAAAAUCAGUGAAAUGAUUCAGGGCUUGGCCACCCCCGUGGAUCUGAAGCUGAAGCUGAUCCCAAUCCUUCAGCACAUGCACCACGAUGCCCUCCUGGCAUCCGGUGCCCGGCAGCUCCUGCAGCAGCUGCUCACAUCCUACCCAUCCACCAAGAUGGUCAUCGUAUCCUUGCACACGUUCACCCUGCUGGCCGCCUCAUCUCUCGUGGACACGCCCAAACAGAUCCAGCUCCUGCUGCAAUAUCUGAAGACCGACCCCCGAAAGGCUGUGAAGAGGCUUGUAAGCCAGGACCUGAAGCUGCUUGCCCGCAAGACCCCACACACAUGGAGCAGGGACGACAUUCAGGCUCUUUGUGAAUGUGCCCUGCAGACGCCCUAUGACAGCCUGAAGCUGGGGAUGCUGUCGGUGCUGGCCACACUGUCAGACACCAUUGCCGUGAAGCACUAUUUCAGCAUAGCUGCAGGGAACGUAGGCUCCUCCCCCCGGGCCUCGGACUUGGUCAGGCUCGCCCAGGAGUGCUGCUACCACAGUAGCCGGGGCGUGGCAGCGCAUGGCGUGCGUGUCCUCACCAACAUCACGGUCUCCUGUCAGGAGAAAGAUCUCUUGGCACUGGAGCAAGAUGCUGUAUUUGGCCUGGAAUCCCUCCUGGUGCUCUGCAGCCAAGAUGACUGCCCUGGUGCUCAGGCCACCCUCAAGAUCGCUCUGAACUGCAUGGUCAAGCUGGCCAAGGGCCGGCCGCACCUCAGCCAGUCGGUGGUGGAUGCACUGCUAACACAGCUGCACACAGCACAGCCCACUGCCCGCAUACUCAUGUGCCACUGCCUGGCGGCCAUCGCCAUGAAACUGCCCGUGCUGGGAGACGGCCUGCUGGGGGACCUCUUGGAGCUCUACCGGACCAUUGGCCACUCAGCCUCCGACAGGCAGCAAGAGUUGCUGGUGAGCCUGGCCACAGUGAUCUUCGUGGCCAGUCAGAAAGCUCUGUCGACUGAGGUCAAAGCGGCCAUCAGACAGCAGCUGGAAAGUGUGUCCAACGGCUGGACUGUCUACCGCAUUGCCCGGCAGGCAUCCCGCAUGGGUCGCCAUGAUAUGGCACGGGAGCUGUAUGGGAGCCUGCUAACCCGGGUGGCCUCAGAGCACUUCUACUUCUGGCUCAACAGCCUGAAGGCCUUCUCACACGCUGAGCACUGUCUGGCGGGGCUGCAGGCGGGGGACUACAGUGCGGCACUCUCAGGCAUCGCCGAGGCCCUGCAGUCCUACCACAAGGGAAUCGCAUCCUUGACGGCUGCCAGCACACCCCUGAACCCUCUAAGUUUCCAGUGCGAGCUGGUGAAGCUCAGGAUUGACCUCCUACAAGCCUUCUCACAGCUCAUCUGCACCUGCAACAGCCUAAAGACCAGCCCCCCACCUGCCAUCGCCACCACCAUUGCCAUGACCUUGGGGAACGACCUGCAGCGCUGUGGCCGCAUCUCCAAUCAGAUGAAGCAGUCCAUGGAUGAAUUCCGGAGCCUUGCUGCACGCUAUGGGGACCUAUACCAGGCUUCAUUUGAUGCUGACUCUGCCACACUCAGGAACCUAGAGCUCCAGCAACAGAGCUGUCUUCUCAUCGCGCACGCCAUCGAGGCCCUGAUCCUGGACCCUGAUGCUGCCAGUUUCCAGGAGCUGGGGCCUGCUGGGGCAGCGCCAGCUGACAGUGAGUAUGAACGGAGGGUGAUGUCCGUGUGCAGCCGUGUCCUGGACGAAGUGGAGACACUCACCCGUAAAUUCACCCCCGUGUCCUACAUGCACACAGCUUGUCUUUGUGAUGGCAUCAUCGCUUUGCUGAAAGUUCCACUGUCAUUUCAGAGAUACUUUUUCCAGAAACUUCAGUCCACUAGCAUCAAGCUGGCUCUGUCACCCUCACCCCGGAACCCCGCGGAGCCCAUUGCCGUGCAGAGCAACCAGCAGCUGGCUCUGAAGGUGGAGGGGGUGGUCCAACAUGGCGCCAGGCCAGGGCUCUUCCGCAGGAUCCAGUCCGUCUGCCUCAAUGUCUCCUCCACGCUGCAGACUAAAGCCGGCCAGGACUAUAAGAUCCCCCUUGACCACUUGACCAACGAGAUGGAGCAACAGGUCGAGCCCCACAAUGACUACUUCAGCACCCAGUUUCUGCUCAACUUCUCCGUGCUGGGCACCCACCUCAUCACCGUGGAGUCUUCAGUGAAGGAUGCUGAUGGUGCCGUGUGGAGGACAGGCCCCAGAACCACCAUCUUUGUCAAGUCUUUGGAGGACCCAUUUUCACAGCAACUCCGCCUGCAGCAGCAACAGCUGCCAGCCCAGCAGCCGCCCCAGCGCACAGCCUACACGCGCUUCUAGGAGGGUCUACGUGGGUUUUAGGACGGUCUAUGCACUCUACUUGAAGGGUCUACAUAGCUCCUAGAAGGAUCUACACAGCUUCUGGAAGGAUCUACAUGAAUUCUAGGAGGGCCUACAUCACUUCUAUCUAGGCCCUUCUGCCCCUACUGGAGUGCCCUAAACCGUGCCUGAGAGUAGGUUUGGUUCUGAGCACUGGAGUGGGAGAAGGGCUUGAGUUCCCAGCCAGAGGCAUGUUCCUGCCACUGAACUGUAUAGUC